CGGCGCGAGUGCAGCCUACGGAGUUAGUCAGAGGAACACGGGGAAGACGGCGGAAGCGAUCGGCUUUUAGCAGAUUGAAGGGGGAGGUAGAGAGGAGAACGAGAACAAGACUGAGGGGGGUUGGAUGGACCUCUUGAUACCCGGCGAGCCUCCCGCAGACGCAGCAGACGUCCCCCCCCUUCAGUUCGCAGCUUUUAUCGCGAUGCGUACGGAUGGCUUUCCUGCCUUGUUGGGUCACGGUGAGUAUAACCGGGGACACGUGGCAGGCGGAUGCUAUGAGGAGGGAGAGAGAGAACAUACAGGAGGAGGCAGAGAAGCUGAUGUCCAUGGAACUAGAGAUAGGUACGACGAGAAGCGUGAUACUGAUGGGGAUCAUCACGGCCGUGUGGGGCUUAUGAAGGCGGCAGGGGAGCAAAAUGCGCCCUUCCAGACACCGACGGAGAAGGAGAAGACGAAGAAGAAGAUUAAGUGUAGGGAUAACCACAAACUCCGUCCGUGUAGGUUCAAGCGACGUGCGCGAAGCAAGAUGCGAGAGUGUAAUGAGCGGCAGACGGCAUUCAAGGUUACCAGGAUCGUGCAGACUGGUCUGGCACAGUUUUUUCACAGUCAGUCUGACGGAAUCACUGCGCUGGAGCCUUUCGUCAUCCGGGAAAUUGAGAGCCAUUUGCCUCAUCUUCUUCGAAAUAUGAUUAUGACUGAUCUUCGAAGUAUGAUCAUGACUGACCUUCGAAAAUUGAUCAUGACUGAGGUGAUGCCGAGGUUGGAGCAAAGCGUGUCUCGUUCGUUUGAAAGAAGUCCAGCUCAGCUCGGGAACAGGGAUCCGGACACACAGCAAUGCCGUGGGGGUAACAGUGUGAAAAAGGAGGAGAUGCAGCGGUUGGAGGUGGGGACUGCUGUGGAGGAGACGCAGCGGCAAGGGGUGGGGGGUCUGGACGUACGACGGCUCCGGCUGAGCUUCUUCAACAAGAGACUGAGGACGCCAGGCUACACUGGGAUCCCGAUGACGGCGCCCGACGACUCGGCAAUUGCCGUCUGGCUGUUGGAUGAGAAAAGUGGCGCUGCGGUAACGACAGGGCUUGAAGCAUCCGCGGGGGUGGUCAUCGUUGUCCUGGAAGGAGACUUCAAGCCAGAGGCUGACACGUGGAACGCAGAGGAAUUCGAUUCUGCCGUCAUCCGGCCCCGGCCUAGCACCCCGCCGCUAAUCCUGUUAGACCAACCACAGUUCCUCCAAAAUGGGAAGCUGGUCAUCAAGAACCUUAUCCUUACGGAUAACUCCAGCCAUACCGGGAGCAAACACUUCCAGCUUGGAGUUCGAAUGGUGGACGAUGUCUUCAGAGCGUAUGUCAGGGACGCAAAGACGGAGCCUUUUGCAGUCAGGGACCGGCGUGGACUGCCGUACAGCAAGCAUGAUCGACCGUCGUUACAUGAUGAAGUAUGGAGACUGAAGAACAUUGGGAAAGGUGGGAAGUUCCACAAUAAGCUGAAGAGUAUCGGUGUGCAUACUGUAGAACAGUUCCUUCGGCUUGUCAUGCGCAACCCAGCGUUGCUAAGAAAGGAACUCGGAAGUCCUAUGCACAAACGCAUGUGGGAGGAGCUAAUCGAGCAUGCGAAGACGGUGGUGCUCAAUGGGAAGUUUUUUAUCUACUGGGCACCAGGAUGCAAGGGGCGAGGAGUACUCCUCAACAACAUCUAUCAGGUGCUCGGAUACAUCAGCUCUGGUGACAUUGUAACUCCUGUUGACAAGCUUCCUGAAGAGGAAAAGCCAAUUUAUGAAACGUAUAAGGAUUUAGCAUAUGCUAACCCUAAAGACAUCGUCGAGCAUGAUGGCACGCCUACUUUCCAUGAUGUCACAACCGGGCAGGUGAUGCCGAGGCCAUUAAAUAUCACUGCUGCGGGCACUCUGCCAGAUUGGGUCCAGAAUUCAUGUGGUCGUUCCAGUUUGGGAGGGACAGCAAUGCAGCAGGAGCAAGAUCGAAUGGUCUCUGCGACUGUGAAUGACGCUUCCGCUUCUUUUAACUAUGGCGGUGAUGCCCCACCGCGCAACAUUGAUGUAACAAUGCAAACAGAGCAAGGUUCAGGCGAUUACCCUGCUGGUACGGAGGGUCCUUUUGGUGAUAAGACUUCUUCCAUCGAUCAGGGACACCAAGUUGCGGUGUAUGUCAGCAGCGUCUCGACCAAUGGGAUUGAACCGGUGAACGACCAACCACCACUGCUCCCACAGCCGGGGCCUCGGGGAAAUGACCAUUUCCACUCGCCUUGGUCGCCAGGGAACGGCGAUUCCCACAUGGAUGAAGCUGAACCUGGUGUGCCUAGAGGAUACCCCGCAGAACAGAUCUCAGACUGGCCCUGCAACUUCCCGUCACCAAGGACCGGUUUGUGCAGUGAUAAUCAUGCAGAAAACGCGCAUCCCCAUCAUGUCUGUGGCAGCGGAAAUCCAAGAGGCAUGGAUUGCGCGUUAGCAGGGGAGCACCCAACUGCAUGCAGGAGUGAUUACACGUUUCCAGACUUCGAUUGCCCAUUCCUAGAGCAGAGUGAAAGUGACACUAGCAGUCCUGACCCCAUUUCGGACUGUCGUCACGAAGUUGACCCUUGUAGCAUCUUGAUGAACGGAGCCGAAGAGGCCGCUUUUGAGAAGGCAACUGUAAAGAUGAAGGGCGGAACUCCCGAAAUGGAAACUUCAAUUCCGAUGGACGGAACGAGGCCAGAGAGUUAUAUUAUUAUUCCUAAUUGGUGCAACGGUAACAGCAAUGCUGGUCAUGACGAUGUGAGCCCACUUCGGAACAGGACUCCACUAAACGGAAUUGAAGACAGAGGUGCCCAAAUGGGAAGUUCACUUCCCAUGACUGGAACUCCAAUUCCAGCAAAUGAACCUCCAAUGAUGGACAUGACCGGAAUUGAACGGCCUAAUGGAGAAUUGACUCAAUUACUGGGGUGCCUUGGGGACAACCCUGCGCAUCACGACAACCUCAAUCAUUGCCUCUGGGAACGUUCGCCAGGGCAGGUUCACGCAGAAGACACACUUCUCGGUCUUGUUCAUUUCACCAACAACCCGGAUUACAUUCAACAACCAGGCGUUCUGCAGAGAAAGCGAAUGCGGUGCUGGCUCCAGUUCAAAACAAUCUUCCUCUUGGGUUUCUAUUCCAAGAAUUGCAAGAAGUGACGCCUCAGACUGCCCCCUCGAUCUCCCGUGCGCAGCCCUGCUAUGGCACUCUCCCAUGAGGGAGGGCUGGAAGUGGAAAAGAGGCCACGCGCAUGAGAUUUGAACCAGGCAGACUUGCCUGACGAGGGGAGGGUAUUCCUUAUCCCCUUCCUUUAGAGCGUUGAGAUAAAAAGAAGUCUGUGAUUGUGAGAUCACCAGUAUGUGCAGUUGCUGAACGCGAGGCUUCUUCUCCCCAUCUGGCUCAGUGCAUCUUGGUCUUUCUUUGUGUGUUGUUUGGCCUCUGAUUCCUAACUGGUGGAUCUUGAAAUGUGAAGCUGAGAGUGGGAGGGAGGGAGGGAGGAAGGAGUUGCAGGUGUAGCUCUUUUUUGGAUGCAAAUCAUAUUCCAUGGAUGGUUCUAUUGGGAUUACGAACGAACAGGGCAAGUCAUAAGGGGACUGGAAUGACCGUUUCAUUUCAGCAAGGUGCAAUAGUACGCCCCAUACUGUGCAUAGAAAGUGUUUUUUGUAUACGAGUUAUCGAUACAGCAAAUAAGAACCAUGUCUGUUGGUUAUACCACCACUCUAAGCUAGUAUCCCAAACCUUCAUCCGUGUCUUUUUUUUCCUUUGCUGGAAACCAUCUCCAGCACCCCUUGUACAUCAUUUGCUUACUCUGCAAUUCCGCUUCGACUCUUCACUAGAUGAACCUGCACGGGCUGGCCCUGCCAGUCGCAGUGGCCUUUGGUCUGUUGACGGAUGAAACGGACGGUUGGCCCUUCUGUGUCCGGAUUCAAACAUAUAUGUAUACCCCUGAUGAGUCUGUGAAACUCCGACGAAACAGUUCACAGCCCCUCGUUUGUUGUCCUCUUCUCCCCCUCUGCCUACGGUGUACCAGCCAGCUCUGUUUUACGAUAUAUAUCGUCUAUAUGAAACGGAUGGCAUGAGAUCGACUUUUCCUUUGUGUAAACAACUCCAGCUGUGUGCUCGUUCUGUGGCGAGCAUUCCGACCUGUACAGCUCACAGAGACAACUGCAUGGAAGUCGUACCUUUACCGGCUGGCGAGACGAUGGAGGAGAAGUUGGAGCUCUCGAUAGGACACGCAAAGCGGACAGUUUGGAAGCUCCGUCUGCAAGUGGAAAUGACCAGAGUCACAGAGUGUAGUGUCUUCUGUUCCAGAAGCUCUCACCCCCCUCAAUGGGCCGUGCAACUUGGUCUUUGUGGCAUGCGUUUUCGUUGGGAUUUGUUAUUCCGGCAGCAUCUCGGUUUGGUGCGCCCCAGGCAGUGGUGGUAGUUUUGAUUGCUCCUCCUCCGCUUUCACUGCAUCGGGAAACGUCGAACCGUUUUCAACAUCUUGCGGGCUGAACGUUGCAGAAUGUUCGCACCAAGUUGUAUCCGUCAGGCUUGGUGUUUUACAUGACGUAUGGUUCCGUGACGCCUUGAGGUGGCAGUGAAGAAGUCGUGUUUGCCAGGGUCGGUGGUCACUGGUCAGGCUUAGUGGCUGACAUGAGGUACGGGUUCGUUUCCUGAAAGACCUCUUUUGUGUGUUUGACAGUUGGAUAAGAGUCAUCGUAAGACUUGAAAGCUGUUUGAACCCUCGACCUUAGCCCUUGGCGCGGUCGAGGUGAGGUAUGGUUCGGUGACACCUUUAGGUGGAAGUGUUAAUGUGCGGGAAGUUGCAUUCGCCAGGGUCGGUGGUGGCCAGGCUCAAGUGGAUGGCAUAAGUUCGAUGGUGCUAACUCCUCGACGCCAUUACCCUUUUUUAAGACGUCGAGAGGAGGGCAACAUUGUUCAAUAUCCACGCUGUUUUGUUGGCGGCUGGGUCUGUUUGCUCCCUGCGUGAAGAUGCUGAGUAAGGCAGGGGGCAGGGGGGGGUAGGAGGAAAGAAGAGUGGUGGGGGGGGGAGGGGGAGGAGGGGGAGUGCAAAGCUAGUGGCUAUUUUGCUAGUGGCUAUUUGCUGUACAGUUGUUGAGUGGGAUUUGGACCAGUGUUAACAAAUUGUCUUUAACAAU